AUGGCGCAACUGCCUGCAGGCGACCUCGGACACACUCCGAUUCUAAUUUUAGCCUUGACACGCAAUGAGCUGUCUCACGCCGUAGUGACGUCCCUCAUCGAUCCCGAAAAAUACGAUGCGCGGAUGAGAGCACCAAGCGGACCUGACUGCGAUCAGAAAACAUGCGACUAUAAGCCUGUGCACGUCAAGGUGAAUGCCUUUGUACGCAGGCUUCGCUUCGAUCAGCCUCAGAUGCUUCUAGAUACUCAGCUCACACUCCGGAUGGAAUGGAAUGAUCCCCGCUUGUCAUACGUCAACCAGUCGGACAACCUACCGUAUGUUCUUCUGAGUAAGCCAUCAGACAUAUGGCUACCGGAUCUGUUCCUUUCUUCGGAAGUACGCACCGAACGUCACGAUUUCCUUUUACCGAACGUUCUGAUUCGACUCAGACCGAAAGGGGAUGUUCUCUACAGCACAAGGAUAAGUUCCAAGUUGAAUUGCCUCAUUGAUCUCGCGCAGUUCCCGUUCGAUUCGCCGGUGUGUGAACUCAUCGCUGCGAGCUACGCUCACACCACGGAAGACUUGGUCUUCUGGUGGAAUGAGACUGAUCCCGUGCAAAUAAACAUAAAACAGAUUUCCAACGAUAUCUAUUUGGACAAGGUGACAACUAGGUCGUGUACAUCGACAACCGCAACGGGAGAAUACACUUGUAUCAAGGCGCAGUUCUUCCUGAAAAGGAGCUUGGGCAUAUAUGUCGUGAAAGUUUACGCACCCUGUGUGAUAUUGGUGUUGAUAACCUACGCAGGAUUCUUCGUCAGGCAUACGGUCACUGCUGUGCGGACGCUCUUGCAUCUAUUCCCGACGUUGUUGUUGGCGCACUACGCGUUUUCGUUCGAUAAAGAUUUAUCCAACACCAUGCUCCACCAAUGGGUAAUAGGCUGUCUGAUCAUAGCCGUCAGCUCAUUAUUCGAGUUCAUCGUACUAGUCUAUGUGCACGAGGUGCAGCGAUGCGAGAAGCUGAACAGUCGUGCGGGCGGUUUAGCGGGGAGCUCCUUCAGAGAGGACGCUCGACAGACCAUACGGCACUACCCUGUUAGCAACCUCGACAUCCUUGCGCGCGUCGUGUUCUUCAUUGUCAUCAUCAUCUUCAAUCUUGCGUAUUUCAUCUAUUGAUCGAAAACACAGCGACCCUAUCAAACGAGAUAGCCGACCGGAUCUCGGAAGAGGAAUCGAA